AUGUUCACUCAAUCUACCGAUAGGGUUGAAGAGUGGAUCCACUUCAGUCUCGAGCCCUACCCAAUAGUUUGCCAAAGCUCAGACCCUCCGGAGUUUUUACUUCCACAGGAAUUGAGGGUAGAAGUGCUUCAAGGAGUUCCGGCUGGACAGAAAUCGAAUCCGUUUACCUGUCAAAAAACGACUGUAUUGGUGGGUGUCAAAGGGAUUGGACCCAUAGAAGUAUCUACAAACACUAAAUGGGCUUAUUUUGAUUUAGUCCCGAUUCUACUUUCAAUGUGCAUGAAUGAUCUCAAAAUUUACCAUUUGCUGUACUCUCUAGAACGAAAUUGUCGGCACCGAGAUAAUGAUAUCCGAAUUCUGGCUCCCACCGAGCCUCCACCAUUCUCUACCGGAUCGCCACUUGCCAUUAUCAUGGACACUAGCAGGGCCCUCUGUUUACCACACGUGCAAAACCUCCCCAACAUGAUAUACUAUGCAGCCCUGGUCGUGAGGAUAGAUAGGGUAGAUUCAAGCCGCCGAGUUAUCGGUUUCGAAUUAUCCAGGGAGCUCGUUCAGCAAGGCUAUGGAUAUCUGGCAUCAAGUUUCUAUGCGCGGAGCAAAUUGGCCCCCACAAACACUACAUAUAUGUACUCUAAUCAAGUCCCGUGGGGGCACCCUGCUUCGAUACUAUUGGCUGCAUCGCAGAAUCCAGUCGCCGAAUUUUAUGGGGUCUAUAUAUGCGGCUAUAUAUGCGGCAGUCAUGGCUUGUCUAUGAAGCUAUUGUCUAAAGAGGUGCAAGGAUGA